GAAUAUUUCGGCUAGGGUUUAGCAUGGGGAAGAAGCGCGCCAGCGAUCGCGCUGCUAGCGAUCGCGCGGCGGCGGAGGAUUGCGAUGGUGAUCGGUGUCGGAUUGAGAAUGCGGAGCUGCGGCAGAAGAAGAAGAGGAAGAAGAAAAUCGACGAUGACGGUGAGCCGGAAGGUGAGAAUGUAGUGGCUGAUGAGCCGAAAUUUGGCAAGAAGAAGAAGGAGAAGAAGAGGGAUCAUGCUGACAACGAAAAUGCGGCUAUCAAGGGAAAUUCUAACGGGAUCAGUGACGAAUUGUACGAGCCAAAAUCUGAAAAGAAGGAGAAAGACAAGGGAGAUCGUCAAAUCGAGGUCGAUGAUGCUGCUAGCAAGGAAAUUUGCAAUGGGAAGCCAAAGAAAGUGGAAGACUUGCUAGUCAGUCUGAAUGGACGAGAUAGCUCCAAUGCAAAGUUUCAAGCUCUCGAGUCCUUCUCGGCAGCCAAGCUCCCUGCUGACGUGAUGAAAUGCUGUAGCGGGUUUGAGAAGCCGUCUCCUAUACAAGCUCACUCGUGGCCGUUUCUUCUCGAUGGAAGAGAUCUGAUUGGAAUCGCAGCUACUGGCUCCGGCAAAACUUUAGCUUUUGGUGUUCCCGCUCUGGUUCAUAUCCUCAACCAUAAAAAGAAAGAAAAGAAGCAUUCAAAGGGAUCACGCUGCCUUGUUCUCUCUCCAACUCGAGAACUGGCCCAACAGAUUGCUGCCGUUCUUGAGGAAGCUGGAGCCAGCUGCGGCGUUAAAGUUGUAUGUCUUUAUGGAGGGAGUUCCAAAGGGCCACAGUAUUCUUCUUUGAGAUCUGGCUGUGAUAUCGUUGUUGCCACACCUGGUCGCUUGCAAGACUUCGUUGAUGAGGGCGUUUGCAAGCUUGAUCAAAUUACUUAUUUGGUUCUAGAUGAGGCUGACCGCAUGCUUGAUCUUGGCUUUGAGCCUGCUGUUCGAGCAAUUGUUAGUCAUAUACCCCAGGAAAGACAAACCAUAAUGUUUAGUGCAACCUGGCCAACUUCUGUACAAAAGCUUGCCCAGGAAUUCAUUCAGGACGCGAGUCCUGUGAAGAUUACUGUAGGAUCAGAAGAUUUAUCUGCUAAUCAUGACGUCACGCAGAUAGUUGAGGUGCUUGACGAUAAGUCUCGGGACAGACGCUUACAGGAAUUGCUUCGGCUAUACCAUAAAACAAAGAGGAAUCGAGUCCUGGUUUUUGUUCUGUACAAAAAGGAGGCGGUCCGAGUAGAAAACUUUCUCCAGAAACAAGGUUGGAAUGUGACGGGCAUACACGGCGACAAGUCUCAACAGGCACGAAAUCAAGCUCUUAGUGCGUUCAAGGACGGGUCACAUCCUUUACUGAUUGCCACGGAUGUGGCUGCGAGAGGACUCGACAUUCCAGACGUAGAGUUCGUGAUAAACUACAGCUUUCCUCUCACCACCGAGGACUAUGUGCACCGCAUUGGUCGCACAGGCAGAGCUGGAAAGAAAGGAACCGCGCACACUUUCUUCACCACUGCUGACAAGGCUCGCGCUGGGGAGCUUGUCAACAUUCUAAGAGAAGCUCGUCAGAUCGUCCCGGAGGAGCUGCUCAAAUUCGGCGCUCACGUUAAGAAGAAGGAAUCAAAAUUGUAUGGAGCUCACUUCAGAGAGCUCGCUGCCGAUGCGCCAAAGGCCCAAAAGAUUACUUUUGAUGUAUCAGACGAAGAGUAGAGGAUUUUUAAAAGAGCUAGCAUAUUCGCCUAGGGUUUAUCGGGCAUCCUAGGGUUCUUGUGGAGGCGCGAUGGCGAUGUCGACGUUCGUGAUGACGCUGGCGGCGAUCGGCGCCGCGUACGUGAUGAUGCGAGGCGACGUGGUGAAGUCCUCGGCGGUGCUGCGCAGGAAUCUCAAGCAAGUCAAGACAUGGCUGGAGGAGGAUCUCCCUCACGAAUCCUCCCAGGCUGCGAGGAGCAUUGACGUCAAGCCCAAGCACAUAGAAGAGCGGCCGAUUUCGUCCAUGCCAGUCGAUCCACAGCCGCAUUCUCACCAGCAGCCGCAGCCGCAGCAGCAAGCAAAUCCCCCAGAUCAACAGAAGCAACAGCAAAUGUGAGAGACCGAUUUUAGGGUUCUUCGCUAUCAACGGCUCAGAUAAUAAGAAUCACCGCCGUCCGCGUGUCCACGUGGACGACAUCACUGGCU